UCACUGGCAAGAAUGGAGCCGCGAGGCAACAGUCAGUCCGAGGCGACCUCCGUCACCCAGCAACCAGGUGACACGCCUUUUGGACUACAGCAAGAAGCUAAAUCCCCCGUGAGGACAGCUAGUGCCGCAGCAGCCAACUCGACGAGUGCCUCGUGUGCUGGACAGAGAGGACAGAGGCAGCGAUGGCGGAGACGGGGCAGGACCCGCUGGCCGCCGUGCAGCAGGAAGCGGACCGCGUGCAGGCAGCGCUGCAGCAGAGGAGACAGCAGCUGCAGGAAGGCGUCGAGCCCGAGGCCGUGCUGCAGGAGCUGGACAGUGUGCAGAAGGUGGCCGACACCAUCGCCGGCCUCCUGGGGCUGCAGGCGGCCGCCGCGCAGUCCCAGCCCGGGGACCCGGCCCGGCGCGAGCGCCUGCGCGCGACCAUCCAGGGCCUGCAGGAGGAUAUGGAGCGCGUGUCGCAGCAGAACAGAGUCCUGAAGGAAGAGAUCCAGCGCACGAUGCGAGAGAGCGGCGCGCAGUUCCAGCCAUGUCCGGGGGCAAGCCAAGGCGGCGCGGGUCAAACCGUCGAUGCAUGCUUCUGCCCGGUGACGAGCAACGACUGUCGCCCGCAGCAGCAGUGCAAGCCGGCCGAGAGGAACAUGACGAAGCAGAAGCUGCAGAUGGACACGGCAUGCUUCAGGGCUCCGGAGCCACGAAGACCUGCCCCCACCACAUGCGGUUGCUCCCGGACAGCCGGGCAGGCGAUGGGCCAGGGCACCGCCCAAGCCGUCGACGUGUGCCUCUGCUCGGCGGCGAACUAUGGCUGUCGCCUGGAGAAGGAGCUGAAGCAGGCCGAGAGGAACUUAAAGAAGCUGCAGGAGGACACAGCAUGCCUCAAAGUCCCGGAGCCUCGACGACCUCCUGCCCCCGCUGCGCACGACUGCUCCCAGGUGGCUGCGCAAGCUGCCUGCGUCUCGAAGAAACAGCGUGAGCUGCAGGAAGAGCUAUGCAUGCUGAGGCAGUGCUUUGAGAGGAAGAUGGAGGAAGUGUCACGGCUGAUGGCGGAGAACAGGAUGUUGAGAGAAGACAUUAUGAGGUCCGAGGAGGAUAGGACUCAGGUGGAGGCGCAGCUAUGCGCGGCCCAGAAGAAACUAGAGAACCUGGAAAACAAAAUGGGCAAACAGCCCGCAAGAGAAAAGGAGAGCAGUCUUAUGGAAGCCAUCGCGCAGAGGGAUAGAGCCGAUCUGCUGCUAAAGCAGGCCGUGGAGACGAUAAAGAAUCAGACGGUACAGCUGGCCGAGUUAAAGAGGAAAUACCUCGAUUCGCAGCGAGCACUGGAGGAGCACAGACAAACUGUCCAGAGCUUGAAGAGAGAUAACAAACUCACCCAAGAAGACUAUGGCACGCGUUUAUGCCGCAUAAAGAGCGAGUAUCAGCAAGAGUUGCAGGUACUGGCAUCCAAGGCCUCAGCGCUGGAGAAAGUACGAGCAAGUCUGAAGGAGGCUACAAAUGAAAGAACGACACUACGCAAUAAGUGUUCAGAACUGACGAGACAGCUGGAUAUCUCCGAAAAGAGGGUGGCGUACCUCGUGAGUCAGCUGGAUUCUAUGCUUAGAAAGAGGUCCCAGAAUGGGCCAUCUGAAGCUGGGGACACAGAGAGCUUGUUGAGUCGCACGAAGCAGGAAAAUGAAGAGUUGAAGAAGCUCGUGGUUGCGCUUCAAAACGAGCUGAUGGCAAAGUCUCAGGACCUGGUCGCUGCGUCAGCACGUGCCCAGCAGCUGGCGGACAACCUCACGACGCUGAGGGAGGAGUGCGCGCGCCAGGUGGUGGCGGUCAGGCAGGAGGCAGAGACGACCAAGAGGCUGCUGCACUGCAAGGUGCUGGAGGCCGAGGCGGCGGUGGAGCGCACCAGGGCAGCCGCCGCCGCCGUGCGCAGGGACAGAGACUGUCAGCACCGGCACCUGCAGGGCCAGUUGAAGUGCAUCACCAAGAGCUUCUCGGUGGCGCAGCACAAGAUAGAGGAGCUGCAGGGCAGCGUGGAGCCCGGGGAGAGCCCCAGGAGCACCUUGCAGGCACCCCCCCGGCCCUGCAUCACCGCCACGUGCCCCAACCUGCUGCCCCGUGGCCGGGCGCCUCCGGCCCAGGCCUGCGACCAGAGCAACUGCUGCUACCCGCCCAGUCGUGCCAGCAACCUGUCCGUCCAGAGCCGCAACACCUCCUGCUCGCACAGAUAUGGCCAGUAGCACACUCCCACCAGUGCCUCCAACUCUUCUCUCUGCUUAUACAUUUGUGAAUAAAUCAUGUGUGUGAAAAUAA